UGGCGUCUCUUUUGAGUUGCACAAAGUAAAGAAAAACCGAGCAUAGUUCAGCGAGUUUAGCGUUUCCCUUGGCGGUAGCGAUGUUUUGAACCGGCAGAACACACUAUCGGCUAACAUUUAACUCUCAUCAGCAUGGCCGACGUUGACGAAGCCUGCAAGAGCGUCAUCGCUUGGGUGGAAGCGGCCGUGUCUCCCACGACAUCGCCCGAACGGAGAGCGGAGGCUUACAACGCUUAUGAAGAUUUCAAGGAAAAGUCGCCAAUCUCUGCAAAGUGUGGUUUUAUGCUUGCCGCUAAGGGUAACCAUGCCGUGGUGCGCCACAUCGGACUGCAGCUUGUGGAGCACUGUAUCAAGCUUCGCUGGAAUGUGAUUACGAUUGCUGAGAAACAGUUCAUCAAGGAGAGCGUCAUGAAGAUGAUGGCAGAGGGCACGGACCACCUUCUCGUGGAGCAAGCCCACAUCAAGGACGCGCUCGCAAAGUUACUUGUCGAGAUGAUCAAGCGUGAAUGGCCUCAGCAGUGGCCGCUGCUCAUGGACGAGCUGAAUAACCUGGCUGUACUCGGUGAGACGCAGAAAGAGUUGGUGCUGCUGACCUUUCUGCGGCUAGCCGAGGACGUGGUGGACCUUCAGACAGUGCAAGGGCAGCGCAGGCGAGACCUCUACCAGGCACUUGUGGGAAACCUGUCGGCUAUCUGCGGCUUCCUUGUGCGCACACUCGACACUCACUACUCUCGAUAUCGUGACCUGAGGGACCACCAGAAAGCCGAUGAAAACAACCAGGAGCUGUCUCUGCACCGGCAGCUGACGGAGACCACGCUGCUCACCAUGGCGGGCUUUGUGGAGUGGAUCCCUUUGGGCGAGGUGACGGGAUCGGGCGGCCUGUUGCCCCGCAUCUUCUGCUUCCUCCUCUCGGACAGGAACCUGCGCAUCCAGGCUGCCGAGUGCCUCCUGCAAGUGCUCGCCCGCAAGGGAAAGCCGGACGAGCGAAAGCCGCUGCUGGCACUUUUCAACCAGGAGACGCUGGAUGCCAUUGUCUCUGCUCUGAAGUCUGUGUCCAGCGAGCCCUUGAACGAGGCCUCCUUCCUCUUCAUGAAGAAGCUGUGCUCGAUCACCGCCAAUCUAGGACAGAACUGCCUAACUCAUUGGAACAUGGAAGCUGAACGGCCCUCGAUGGAACUCUUUCUAGUCUACCUGGACGUCUUGUUGUCCCUGAUGCAGCAUCCAAGCCAGGCUGUGAACAGCAUCACCCUACCAGUGUGGGCGGCCCUCUUUCGACAUCCCGAAGUCUCACGCCUGGAGAUUGUGCGCAACCUACUUCCAAAGUUCUUCAAGGUAGCCACUGAGAAGUUAACAAAGGUCGGCUAUCCUUCGAGAAACGACAGUCCAGCCUGUGCAUACGCCCGGCUGGACUUCGAUGGCGACGAGGACUUUGCACCUUUUCUAGGGAAAUUCAGGGGGGACAUGACGGAGGUUGUUCGCCUGGCCACCCUGCUGAACCCUAUUGCUGGCUUCCAGAUGGUGAGCCAGUGGCUGCAGACACUUCUUGCGGCCAAAAUCGAAGUGGGAAAUGAACCCGACAAUGGCCACUGUUCACUCAACUCGCCAUCCAGCAUUCGUUGGGACGCCCUCACCACGUUCAUGGACGGCGUGUUCAGCCGGUUCCUCUCUUCCCCUAACCCCAAGCCGAGUGCAGAAGAAGGCAUCUUCUUGCUGGAGUCCCUACUUAAUUUCGAAACAGAGGACCCAGUAAUCCAGUCCUAUGCCCUGUCCUGCAUAUCCAACUUAGGUGUCUUCCUCACGCUUGCACCGGGAAGUCUGCCCAAGGUCCUCAGCAAGCUUUUCUCCUGUGCUGUCUUCACGUUGCCGAACCAGCCGGCAACGAUCCAAAGCCGUGCCUUGCGCAACCUGAGACGCCAUGCGUGCGCUGGACUGGUCAAGUUGUGCCACCUCUACCCGAAGCUCGUCAUGCCCUGCUUUGACCAAAUCUACUCUUCGGUGAAGAGGAUACAAACACAGGACAAACUGAUCACGCAGCUCGAAGCGUGCACUCUCAUUGAAGCACUGCUUGUUUUGAGCAAUGAAUUUAACGAUUACGAGCGGCAAUGCAAGUUCAUCGUUGAGGUUGUUUCGCCUGCCACAGCCAUAUUGGCGAGAGAUGAAAUGAAAGUGGUGGCAUCAUCACCUGAAGCGUUCAUGUCUUUUGUUGGUCUCACCGAAGCACCAGUGGAGGCUACGGCCGAGGACAGCAGUGGGUACAACCGCUCCCAGCUGCUGCACUGUGUGAACAUCUUCAUGGCUGUCAUCAAGCGGUGCCGGUGUCCCGACGACGUUGAGGUGGCCAAGAAAGGGGGCUUCUACUGCGAAGGCAGUGAGGCUUAUCAUUCUGCAUAUUUCCGGAAUCCAGCAACACCUUACGUAGUGUCACUACUGCCAAUCAUGGCUCACUUACUAAGGACUUACAACCAGUUAUGGAGUCCAGAAGCACGUGCCAGAGUGCAUCCGGCAUUCACACCAGCCCUCGACAUACACGACAGUGAGAAGAAUUGCAUCCUAGGUGUUCGAGCCGAUGGCGAUUCAUCAGACACCUCGGGUUCAAAGCAGCCUGUCGACCGUGCAAAGAGCUUCAUGUUCAACUUUCAAGACUAUUGUUUGCAGAUCCUGGGCAACGCGGGACAGUCACUGGGCCCGGAGUACUACCAGACUCCGGGUUUAUCCGAAAUGCUUGUCAAUGGAGUGCUAGCAGGUCUCGACCAGCUUCCCGACUACAGGCUGCGACCCAUUCUGCGCGUCUUCCUAAGGCCCUUUGUGCAGCACUGUCCAGCCGAGCUUCAGCCCGCAGUUGUGUUGCCCCUGCUCAAGCCCGUGCUUCCCUUUGUGUUUCAGAAACUCAAUGCAAAGUGGGAGAAGUUCAGGCUCAAAUAUGGAAAUAGUGUGGACUAUGAGACAGAAAUGACUGAGGAACAAGAACUGUUGGACGACCAGCUGAACCGUCUGCUAUCACGUGAAUACCUUGACGUUUUGGCAGCCGUGCUGUUGACCAAGCGAGGACAGCAAGAUGCCAGCCUUGACAGCAUGGUCGAGGACCAGGAAGGAAAACAGGUGGAAUCAAGCGCCGCAACAAUCUCUGCAUUUGGAGCUACGAUUCUCAAGACAGAGGAGCUGUGCUCACCCAUUGUGAUGGCCGUGUUCAACGCCUUGCACUGGUCCGACACAGCUGCAUCCUUCAAGGCCUUGCAGCUGAGCAUGCCCUUGCUUAAAGUUAUGUUUGAGCACGGAUUUGUCCGAGACGAAGGCAGUGCGGCGUACCUGCUCCGGUGUGUGCUGAUGGGGCUGCAGGUGCUGGGUGAGCACGACAUCAACCAGACACUACUGGUGUCCCUCGGGCUGGCCCUUUACCAGGCCGCGCGGCCUCUCUUUCCCGGACUCUGUACCACUUUGCUCCAGAUCCCGGGAUGCACUCCGGAGGCCCUGGAGGCUUUUGAGUCUAAGCUCCAGCCCCCAGGCGACGGGAAAGCCCUGCCCGAGAAGAAGAAGAAGGACCUCUUCAAAAGGCUAAUCUCGCCUAUCAUAGGGAAGAGCAUUGGUCAACAGUUCAAGGCAGCCAUCCAGAUUAUGAACCUGCCUCCAAUGUUCCGGCCUCAGAAGAUGGCUGUAGAAGAAGACGAUGCCGUGGCCAAUGCCGGCCUGCCCACCCUCUUUGGCCAGGAGCAGGCAUAAAUGCCCACUUUCUGUCAUCUGCUUGCGACAUUCCUCGCCUUAGGCCAUCGCAUUUCUCUACUUACGGGACAAAGCAUGGGGUUUCAUCAUGAACCGUGAAACCUUCAGAGUGUGGAACUUCUGCAUGCGCCGACUGAUCUGGGAUGCUAUUAUUUUGCCGCGGAGUUUUAUAGAGAGAUCAGUCAUUGGAACAUUAGCGCUACAGUUGUUCGAUGACCAUGGAAGCAAUGAACAGUGCAGGCUCUAGAAUGGCAUUUGUUGACUCGCGUACUGCGAUAUAGCUGAUGAAUUCGUCUGGUUCUGUGAGAUUUAUUUCGUCUGCUCAUUUCAGUUCCCCUUUUUCUUGUUUAUCGGUGUUGCCACAGGAUUGGCCAUGAAUUUGCACAUAAUCUUACACAUGCUUUAAUUUGACAGUCUUUCACACAACAGUUCUAUAAAAAAGCGUUAGCGCUGCCAUUUGUGGACAAUGCUAUUAUUUAAUGAGCAGACGACAGUUUACAAAAAAAAACUCACAAACUUGCAAGCUUUUGACCGCUAAAAGUGUGCCCGACAUUUCUGGGGAAUAGAUAUUGCUUUGUAUGUUCUCUAUAGAACAUAUGUUAGUAACAUAUAGCAGUGGCUUUCUUGUAAAAAAAAAAAGGCAUUUCAGCAGCCAGAAAGAGCAAUAUCGCUCACCAAGGAGUCAGCCAAGCCAAGCCAAUGCUCGUUACUUCUCAUCAUUUCCAUGCUUGUUGAAAACAGGCUGAAGUAACCCACACAAAUGUCCGUGCCGCAUUUUUCUAUCUAGGGCAGUACUCUGUGGGGUUAAAGAAUUUGUGCCAUCACAUCUUGAAUGUCACACGCAACGUGUGAUCGCUGGGAAAUGUCGUUCUACUGAGGUUUCUGGAUGGUUUAGAUGUUCUCUUAAGGUGCUGACAGUAGUCAUUAGGGCAAGAGUUUAGACGUGCAGUGGCGGUGAUAACUCGUCACAGAUGACCAUUCCUCAUCUUGAAAGGAAUUUUGAAUGGCCGACUUCACCUUACUUUGUGUGGCAGCUCAGUAGCUUUGAACCAGUCACAUUGUCACGAAGCAGAUGUGAAAGUUGCCUGCAGAGAAAUGGUAGCUUUGUACAGAAAGAUUACAAUGGAGGGAAUGCAUUGAAGGUUGAUCACAGGGCAAAGGGUCUGUGUCAACAUGUUUUGCAUGUCACAUUGCAGAAUUUAGUUGUUGUUAAACACGGCUGCAGGGAUAUCUCUGGAAUAUUAGCACAGAGUUCGUUUUUUGUUUUGUGAAGGAAUUCCAUUGGAAUCUUAUUUAAUCAGUCCAUAUGUUUACAGCUAGGCUUUGGUGUGCUGGGCCAGUUCACGACAUAACCAAAGGAUAGUCGUGAAUGAAAUGAAUGCAUCAAGGGUUGUUUGCGUUCAAGACAUGCACUCAAUUUCACCUGUACCACGGUUCUUUCGAAGUGGUUAUGAAACCACACCUCAUGUUUUCUUAGCACCACUAUGUUCGUGCCAUGAUGAAUAUUAAGUUAAAAUGCCUUGUUAUAAUAAUUCACUUGUAUAAGAUUAUCCACGUUGUUACACUGAACUUAUUUGCAUAUUCAAUGCACAUUUCUCGAACUGACGUGAAAUGCUGCUUUUGUAAUUUUUUUGUCUGAUGCACGAGUUUUGUUUAUUUUGUCUGCAGAGCAUGUAGACGGGGCUGUGAUGAUCACUGAGUUACCAGUUAGGCCACCUCGUAACGCAGUCUUUUUAAUUGUGUGAAGUAUUUGAGUUACUGGCAAUUGGAGUCACAGUGUCUCUAGUGAAGGUUUCUUUAGCAUGCAAACAGAGCAGCUCAUGUACCAAAUUUUGUGAUGGCUACGACGACAUUUCUAAGCGAACUUGAUAAGAAAGUUAUUUUCAUAACAUUUGGUACACGAAUUGCUCCAUUCACAGUCAAAGAAAGCUAUUCAGUGAAUCUGCGUCUGGUCAUACUGAAGAAGUGUUUAUACGAAAUAUAUUAAAACAAAGAUAAGGUGUCAAGCUAACUUAGUGCCCAGAAUUUGUUACAGCCUUAAUUUCCUCUAGUGCACUUGCUGCAGCAGCCACUGUACAUCAUCGUCAGAUGGUGUUUGUCUUCGAGGGUCACAUAUUGAAGCUGAGCUGUUGGGGUGUUGCCAGAACACUAAAAUUGCUUGUCAAUGAAUGACGUGCCAAGCCAAAGCUCUUGACCUCUAUUCUAACUUGAAUUUUGCAGGGAUCACACUUCAAGAAAGUGAUGGUUCUUGAGCCAAUCUGGCUGGCAACUUAUGGAAAAGAGCCGCUUUUCAUUUUCCUUCUCUUUGUUAUUUCAAACCAAACAUGGGAAUUACUGAAUAGGUGGCAGGCAUUCCGUUUUAAAUUUAAAGUUUAUUAGCAUAUGCAAUAUACAGAGGUCAAACAUCAUAUGGUUUCCCGAGUAGGCCAUAAAGGGAAGAUUGUGAGAGCACCUUCAAUCAUAAUUAGGUAAAAUUUAAAUGCAGCAUUCAUUGUGUGAUCGGAACUUCAAAAGUGUUGCAGGGUGAGUUGUGUCACCACUUCUUUAGGUGUCUCGUGCACAACGUUGGGUUUAAGUUUCAGCUGCGUAACAUGCCGUCAUCGAGCUUACUCCACUGGUUGGUGCUUUGGCAGCUUUAAGUGCUCCAUUGAGUUGUCUUAAUUGUGUUUGUGUGUGCACCCAAAGCAACAGUACUUUUGAAAUGUGCCCUUAAUGAAGUACCUUGAAAAUAUGUCCUUAACGCAUGCGCAUCAAGCUAGUUGUGAAAGUUCUCAGGCCAGUUUUUUAUCCUGCAUGACAUUUGUCAAGCGAUUAAAGUCUUUGCAGGAUCUAUACAAUUAUCCACAAAACUUUCUGGGCCACACGAGGAAGAGACUGAGGAGACAUUGUUUCAUUUGUGAAAAGACGAAGGAAUGAUGUCAGAAGGUUGGCAACUUUGGCAUGCAGCCUUGGAGUAUGCACUAGGAUGGUAAUGAACACAGAUGCAAAAAUAAAAGAUCAGCACAAGUGACCACAGAUGAGCAAGACGGUGGCAUGCAGUGUUGUAGUUUACGAACAUAGCCAUAACUUAACUGGCAAAUGUCAUUCCUACUCUUAGUUAUCAUUCAGUGGGCAGUUGUUCCUUGGGAAGAAUUAUCUGCUUUAUCUUACAUUGAGUCGUGUUCAUUCUGAAAGCAAUAGAUGAGGCUUGGAACAAUUUUUUUUAUUGCUGCAGGAAAUAAUGCCAUACCAAACUACUAUAAGAAAAAAAAGUGAUAAAAAUAAGUCGGCAUGUUUGCUAUUGCCAUGUUUCUGAACUGCAGGGCUGCAUGUCACUUCAUCGUUCCAUAGUUACCUGUCCUAAUAACUUCACUGUGUUUGUUUCCACAGCACUCAAUUUCUGAACUCACACUUAGACUGCAAAGAAAUUAUUUCUUAUUGGCUCCCUUAACAGAGACAUUAUUUUAAUUUUGUUAACAUUUUUAUUUUACUUUUUGUCAUCGUUUUAAGAGUAUGUGUGAGGUUGAGGCACAUCAAUUAUGAGGUGAUAAUCCAUUGGGCACAUCGUUUUGAUGUAUUCUGAAGUUGUGUUAACUUUUCAUAGACAAGUAUGUAUACCCAUCCAGUCGGGCAAAAUUUUUUGUUUGCAGUUGUUUAUGUUGCAUUGUAAAUUCCUUCCUAGAUAUUACCAGUUCUUUAUUCAUGUUAAGCAUUGUUCAAGUGUUUACAGAUGUUCUUACUAUGUAUCAUCUGCAAUAGAAGCAUAUUUUUGUACAUUCUUGCUUUUUUUACAUAAACCAUCGUCAUGUGUGACAUUAGGAGAACCUGUAAAAGUGAACGCUUUUGGUGGAUAUGCUUUAGUCCUGUGGGGAGAACAUGCAGUGUGAUAAUAAUAGAGCUGCGGGCGAGUUUGUUGUUGCUGAAUUGUGUGACUGUCGUUUGCACGUGCCGUGUAGUUUCUCCCACCCUGUUCAUAAUCGUGUCUAAAUGUGUGUGCAAGUGUUGGCCUUUUUUUUUUUUUCAAUUUGAGGAGCUGUGUCGCUGCAGUACGUUUCUGCAUCUUCAUCAUUGCAGCUGCGGAACAGCAGUCUGUUAAUACAGCCAUGUGUGCUUGCAAUAAAGCAUCUGAAGUCAAUAAUU